AUGAAUAGCUUAUCCAAUGCGGCAGCCUCAGCUGCCCUGCGUAAGCAUUCGUCGACAUCCAAUUUGGCUGAUCGGAGACUAUCUGGACAAAGAACGAUGUCGCUUAGCUCCAGAAGCUUUCGGUCCCCGGAUACGUAUAGCCGGAGAACAAACUCACUUCAGAAUGGUUCUUACAAUCCGUAUAACUACCGCUCCAACAGUUUGUCGUCGACGUCCUACAGACCCAAUAACACACGUUCUAAUUCUUUGAAUUCUAAUUCAUCUAGAUUUUCAACCGGUUUCACAACCACAACAACCACAACUACAAAGAGACUUCCUCAGGGGCGACACAGUAUGCCAACGACUAUUGUCAAGACGACAAAGGAACAGGAUGCUGAAGGUCGAACACGAUCGAUUACAAAGACCACCGUGGAGCAAAAGGAUGGCUUUGAAAUCACCAAAACCACUAUCGUCAAACCGAGCUUUGUAGAAAACUAUGGAGAUGACCUUGGAAGCAUCGCAGAAGGUUUUGACGAAGACUUUUAUCAAGAGGAGGAGCCGAUUGCCAAUGGUAACGCAGAACUAGAGAAAAUCCAAGAAGAACCUGUGGAACCCGAUGUCAUACAUUUAGUGGAACAUGAGCCGCAACCUACAAAACAAGCUCCUGCUACCAACUCUAAUACUAUCGAGUCUGCCCGAACUCACACAUACAGACAGCUGACACAGGCGAAACCAAAGCGUGUGAGUGUUUCCCCUGCCAGAAUCAUCCUAAAGAAGUCUACUGUUGACGAUGACUCCGAUGGUCAGUCGGUUUAUUCAGAUGCGAAUGAGAUCACACCAAAUACUCAAAAGGCCGUUGAAGGCGAGAAAGUCACCGAGGAGGUUCAAUCCAAUGGAUCUAGUACAGUGGCAGGUUCUCCGGUGAUUCCGCAAAGAUCAUCAUUCCGUGCUCCUCCCUCUUUCGCACCUAGGGCUAACAGUUUAACCUCUAACACAUCUUCCAUGCGUAAGCAAGUGAAGAUAGUGGGUCCAGACCCUGCAGAAUCUAGGCCGGCGGUCCGGAAGCCAACCCCAGAACAGACUUACGAACAAGCUUACCAAAUCGCGCUUCAAAAAGUUUAUGGACCUAGUUACAAUGCUCCCGUGGAAGAUGUUGAUAUGGAUGAGGAUACAAAAAAGAACACGCUACUCAACGCAGCUGAUAGCGAAAACGGACGUGCUAUGUCUUUGACACGGAAGCCUACAUCUCCGGUGCCUCAGGCUCCGGUUGAUUCUAGCUACCAGUCUAAUGCAGCAGGGGUUGGUUUUAGAACCCAUACUUUGCGUGGCGAAGCAGACAGCAAAGAAGAUAAAAAACUCAAGGCAGCUCAACACAAGGAGGAAAAGAAAAAGUUGAAAGAAUUGCGUAAAGAGCAAAAGAGUGAGGUGACCAAACUGAACAAACAACGGGAAAUAGCUCGCAAGAAUGUGGAUGACUUGAACGAGAAGAAGAGAAUUUUCAGUUUCCGUAAAUCCAAGCCUCAGGAGGUUGCUCCCGAGGCUGAAAACAGUGCAAUUACGGUUACUCUCCCUGUGGAGGAGGACCCUGCACCACCACAAGAACAAAAAGCUUCAAAGAGUACCGUGGGAACGAAAUUCAAAAAGUUCUUCAAUCUGUAA